UAGUAAGAGGAAAGAGCAGAACUCGAGUGACGUCAAUUAUGUCAAGCCUGUGACGUUGACAUUUUAAUACGUCAUUGCUCAGUCGUGCACAGACAACGGAAGCAGUUUGGUGAUGACAGUGUACAGAAAUCAUCCCCACUUAAAAUACUUACCUCGCCAGUCAUUUUGCGGCUGCCUGCCACAAACUGGAUUCUUACCCAUCAAGCGUAAAGGAGACCAUGAGCAAAGUGGCGACGUUGUCGCGUGUUGGGUCCUCACCCAGUGACGUCCUGCAGGACAGUGUGGUUCAACAGGCACAGCUGAAGUUCCUGUCCUGCGUCGAUCUCAAUGAACGUGUGUCACACUACUGUCAGCGGCUGGCAGCUCUCGGAGCCUUUUGGCGGCAGAUCACUGCACUCGGGAUGGCCCAGGUUCAAGAUCGUCAGAUCCCACGUGCUGACCAGGGUCAAGUGGUCAAACGGGUGGAGAUAUUACUUUGUACGCUGGACCGGGUGGCCCGCCAGCUGUUAGAACGAUCGGCUCAAGUGGAAUCUAAGAGGCAGGCCGUUCAGCAGCUUAUUGACAAUAUAGCCGUGUCUGAGCACGCAGUGGAGGCGCGGGCCCUGGAGCUGGCGGAGGACGUGCUGGAAUGCGAGUACCGCGAGCGUCAGCAGGCUAUGCACGUCAUGGCUGUACACUCCCUGCAGCAGGAACAAGGUGAGCUGGAGAAGCUGCUAGUGCCCCAAGUCAAGGUACUGAGAGAGACGAUGGACCAACUGGAAGAAAAGGAAGAGCGCCUCAGGCGCGUGCAGAUGUUGUACUAUGCCGUGAAAGAGCACUGUAAACAAGAUCUGACUGUGCUGGAACAACAGGCCCGAGACUCGCUGCAAGAAGCUUCUGCAUGGAAGGAAUGCAGGACAUGUGACAUCGCGCAGAAGUUGGAGAUGAUGAAUGUGGACAGCAUGCGACAGCACAAAGCUGAGCGGGAGGUGACGGUUCUGCGAAACCAGUUGCACCACUUGCAGAAGUGGGGCGGGGAGGCGCUGCAGACCAAGUUGCUGCAGUGCUCUCGUUCCCGUCUGAUAAAGCAGCGCAUCAGCGAGCUGCAGAGGCUGUUGUCUUCGCCAGACCAGGUCGUCCCUCCAGACAGCGAACUGCAGGGCUUCCAGGACCCCUUCCCAGCCUCCGACAUCUUCGUCAACGACAACCAGCGGACCACGGAUUUUCUACUGGCCGACGGCGCUCCCAGCCUCACCGCCAAUCAGGUGGAAGAGUACCUGAGCAGAGAGUUUGGUUUCGUGGUACGCGGCGACUUCCUCAUGUUCUGUCGACUAAAGGAGGAGCUGGGCAAUGCUGGUCUGGCUUACCUGGCACACAAGGUGCGCGACGCUAGCAGUCUUCGUAAGGACGCCCUUGAUCCAUGUCAGACGAGGGUUUUCGCCGAUCCUACGGAGUUGCGGCGGAUACUUCACGUGUUGCAAGACAUCGCCUUUCAGUUUCGCGAAAACAACAGUCUGACGGAGAGCGUGCUGGACAAAUGGAACAUCUUCCUACGCGACAACCUCAUCUCCACCGACCCUCAGCAGCGCUGCAGCGCCACCCCAGUCAAGCGCGGCAAGGGUAAGAAAAGCCGCGCCAAACACUCGCCCACCAGCACCCAAUCCACCACCCCGCCAGGUAGCAAGGACAACGUGAGCUCACGCUCAUCCAUCUCUCGCCUCAAGCGGGCCUUUGGCAUCACUCACAAGAAGAGCCAGCAUGCCCAGACGGCCUGAGGGGGUUGCACCGGUCUGCCUUCUUAUCCCUCGCAGUCAGCUUACUGCCUAGGUCUUCACACUCCUUUAUGUGCUUCUUCUAAAUUCCAUGCGUCGUAUAUAAGCACUUGAAGUUAUUGGUGUUUGUCAACAUUAUUGUUAGUUUUCUUUGGCUGAGUAAACUCAGUAUGUUUCAA